CGACUGACGAACAAUCAAUCCUCCAACUGACCACCAACGCCAAGUCAUUGCAACGCACUCCGCCCUGUCAAAGACUUCCUGGCUCUACCUUGCGACCGAACGGCCUCUCUUACAAACAACCUCUUUGGACUGAGCAUCAGUGCAUGCACUGGCUUUGGCAGGAUCCUUCUCUCCCCCCUCUCGCCGUUGCCUAAGCUCCGGCGCCCACGCCUUACCGCCAGCAUGAACCCUCACACGACGCCCAGGCCAUUUGCUAUGCGGUCUAUGGCGGGAAGCUCGAAUCAACAGUCUCAGCAACAGCAACGGACGCGACAGCCGCCAGCGCCCCAAGUAUCGACAAAUGAAGAGUACGGAGCCAUCGCCGACGAGGACCGCGACCACAUCGACGAGGUCUUUGACUUGAUGGACAUGAAGAAGAAGGGGUGGCUCAACAGUUACGAGUUCAAGCACUCGCUAGCAGCGCUGGGGUUCGAUUUGCCGAAACCCGAAUACUUUCGAGAAUUGGAAGCGUACGGCUCGGUUCCGCCCGACUGGCAAGAUCCGCAUCACUGCCCCGUAAACCGACUAUACGUUUAUCUCGACCAGUUCAGGCUAUGCGCCGCAAAGCUCAUUGCCAACCGUGACCCCCGCGAGGAGGCCACCAAAGUCUUCAACAUGUUCGACUAUGAUGGGGAUGGUAUAAUAUCGUUUGAGGACAUGCGACAUCUCGCGCAGGAUAUCAAGGAUGAGCGGUCGAUGACGGACGAGGAGAUUCAAAGCAUGAUUGAGCACCUCGAUCACGACGGCAAGGGCGGUGUCAACCUUGAAGAAUUUAUUCAGAUGAUGGAAGAGGCAGGCUAAGCAGCGCAAGUUCGUUGGAAAGUUCAGUCUAGUUGGCCUGGAAACCUCGAUCAUGGCCGCCUAGCGCCGCUGGCUAUUUCAGCGUCGCUGCAUGUCGCUUCGCCGAGUUCUACUACUCAGACUCUGGCAGCGCCUCGUUCGAUAUACACGCAGGGUAUACUACAAGGGUACUGCUGGUCGGGAGAGGUUGAAAAGGACGUUAUAAGGCCCGUCUUCAAUGCCCCAACUGCGCCUGCUGGCGCUGCGACGGAGGUGAAGGAGUUUCUGUUUCCCGGGGUGGGCAAGGCAAGGCGUUUUUGGUGCGAUCAAUGUUUGAAUCAACCAGAGGUAGAAGGCCUUGACUUUUUGAGGGGCGUCGGAUACCACGCGGCAGGUGAAUAGGUUUUGGAUGUUCAGAGAUGUACCAUAUCUAGGUAAUUGAAUGCGACGGUGUCACUUUACAUGGCCUUACCACGC